AUGAUUCUAGUGACUGUGAUCUAGCGAACGUACCGCUAGAUCAGAAGCGCUGAAUUCGAAAGGAAGGUACCCUUUCGUGGUUGCUGUGAUAGGAGUGGUACACGUUGCUACGAGGAUCUCCGAGAUGAUAAAUCCUGCAGCUGAAGAAACAAGCAGUGAUCACGUAGGCAAAAUCACUUGUCCUUACUGUCACAGCAGCUGCAAACAAUAUGGUCAUUCGACCAACACAGUGUCAGAUACUGAAAAAGUUACAAUCCAACUGACUGCAGCUGAUGUCAUUCAAAAGCACUGGGUGAUUCUUAAAGAACGGUUGUCACCUUCUUUUGUUGUCGACGUCCUGUACAAUGGCAAGUUAAUAUCAAUGGUCGAUGUCGAAGAAAUUUACUACAGCAACAAUCGACGACGAUCUGCACAUUUGUUGCUAGAGACGAUUUCUCGAUCUUCUUUGCAAACAUGUCUGGCCUUUGGUACUAUUCUAGUAAAGGAUGUGAAUGAAACAUUAAAGCAAGUCGGUGAUGCGAUUGUUGAAGAGAUAACUGCUGCCAGUCCAGAUACGACUGUGCCAAAAGAAAUUUUGGACUGUUUGUCAGAUGCAUCGUCUGUUCAAAGCAGACAUCGAAUGUUCAGCUGUUUGCCGAGUAGAUGCAACAUUGUGUAGCAACUGUGUAGAGCACAGGUUACUUAGCGUACGUUAGUUGAUGUCAUUGGGUAGCGUCUAUAAAACUUGUGAAUUUGAUAGACUAGCGUAGUAUUGAUCGUUUAUCGUGUAGUACGUGUAUUGUGUAUUACGUGUAUUGUGUAGUAUGGUGUAUCGUCUACUUAUAU